UCAGUGAAAUUUAUACAAGCAUAGACACAAGUGAAAAGCGCUAAGUCUAGAGAUGUCGUGUCAGGUGCGCAGCGUUUGAGUUUAGCAAUCACAUAUAACUAUGACAAAAGUGAACUUAUUAAUAAUAAUGAUUAUUUGCGCUCUCAGCAGUUGCAGUGCGACCGAAAGACCAGCAAACUGCUUACAACCCCAUCCACAAGGUCAAGGUCUUUGCGAUAUGCUCAUCAGUGGUUUCUACUACAAUGCCGAUCAAAAUGCGUGUGAGGAGUGGCAAGAGAGUGGUUGUAAUGUUAUCGGUGGUCACACAUAUGAUUUACGCGAAGAUUGUGUAAACGAAUGUGUAAAUUAUAAUUAAAAAGUGGUUAUUAUGAUUAUUUCACAACGGAACUUUGAAGUGUACAAAGCACAACUAUGCAAUAUAAUUAAAUUUGGAUAAUAGCUUAAUACUUUUUGGAAGGUUUAACUAAGUUAAAAAGGUGGAAGAACGUUAAGUAUAUGUGUCAAAAACAUGCUUAAUAGAAAUAGCAACGAUAAUCCAAUGAACCUUCUAGUUUUGUUUUGAAAAACGAUUCUUAUUAUGUCCACAAGACACUCUCUUUAUCGAACAACAAAAACACACAAUAAAGCAAUAAAAUUUAGAUAAAUCUUUUCAA